UCCGCGCGAUCGUACAAGUUGCGAAGCGUUAACGAAUCUGCCUGACAGUUACACUCCGACGUCUCAUCUUCCCGGCUCCUUUUCACCGUAUAAUUUCGCCGGUGGUAACGGUCAUGCUCUCAUCAUGCAUCUCUCUCUUCAGCUAUUACGGGAAGACAUUAAUCUGAUUCUCUCUGCAUAUACCUGUAUAUAUAUAUAUGUGUGUGUGCAUAUGUACGCAUUUAUUUAUCUAUCUAUACUUCCAUUUGCUCUGUUUCUAUAACCUGCUUGUGCUGGUAAAUUUGGAUUGUUUGAGUUAGUUUAUGGAGAAUUGGGGUUUUGGAGUGGGGAAUUGAAGUAGUGAGUGGGAGAUGUGAAGAUUGUGGAAGGUAGGAAGGAUGGUGACAGCUGUAUCGACGGCGACGGCGACUCUCAACCCUAAGAGGCGGCCAUUGUUUCCGUCCGAAGCUGAGAAUGGACAGCCGAGGAGGAGACCGAAAUCGAAGGAGGUUAGUUCAAGGUAUUUGUUGAGUUCGUCUUCUUCCAUCUCCUCGAGUUCGAAUUCAUCGUCGUUGGCCAACUCGACGUCGAAGCAGCGUGAAGCGCCAAAUGUGACGCGGACGGGGAAAUCACCGGCGAUUCCUGUUCAGAAUUCGGCUACGGUUAGCCGGUCGCAGUCUGUGGGCAGGCGGAGGCCUGCAGGGACUUCGGAGAUGUCUGCGGCGACGAAACUGCUUCUGACUUCGACGAGAGGUAAGUCGGUUUCGUUUCAGGGAGAGUCGUUCUCACUGAUCGGAACUAAAGCAAAGCCGGUUAAAAAGUUUGCUGAUAGGAUAGAUACCUCAGAGAGAAAGAGAUCCGAGAAAGAGACAGAAAAAGUGAACCAAAUGAACAAUGCAAAGCGCAUUGCCCCGGGGAGAACAAAGCCUGCGAAUUCGAGUUUGAAUAAAGGAGCAGUGGCACAGAUGGAAAGGCCAGUGAAGGAUAGGAUGGAGAGUGAGAGGGCUAUUGACAAACUAAGCUUGCUGGGGAGAUCAAAGUAUGUAAACUCGAGAAGCUUGGAUUGUGGUAAAUAUAGUGGCACGUUUGUAUCUAGAGGUAUAGUUCGUUUGUCACAGAAAUCAGUCACUGAUGAGAUUAACCAAUUUGAUGUUGAAACUAAAGAGAAGGUUGAGCCUUUAAGGAUAGACGUGCCCGUAGCUAAUCUGAAUUCUAGCUAUAGAUCAGCAAUUUCUGCAGAAGAAGUAGCUUGUGAUAGUGAGAGUGUUUCAUCAGGGAGUGGUUCAAGUGGACAGGAAUGUGGUUCUGUUUUACAAGGCCGACACACUAGAGGUUUUUCAUCUUAUCUUCGAGGUCGUUUUAGAUCAGGAUCCCCAAGCAAGACUUCAACUCCAUCAACAACCUAUCGGCUGAGGGGGAGUUCAAGUGCUGCUAGAGCAAGAAUUGGAGCUGUCAUUACAACGGCUAAUAAUGUUGGCAAUACACCUUCAACUUUGAGCUUUGGUACUGAUACAAGAGGGAAGGCAGGAGAGAACUGGUUUGCUGAUGUGCAUGAAUUCAGGCUUUUAUAUAAUCGGCACUUGCAAUGGCGUUUUGCCAAUGCAAAAACUGAUAGUGCUUACUUCAAACUGACAGAAACAGCAGAGCGGAACCUAUACAAUGUGCAGUUGGCUAAUUCAAAACUGUUGCAUUCAGUUAAGUCCAAACAAACAGAGCUGCUUUUGUUGAAACAAAAUUUGAAGUUGUAUCGCAUCCUCAAAGGACAAGUACCAUGUUUUGAAAACUGGUGUCUAAUUGAUAAAGAACACUGCAGUUCAUUGUCAUCAGCUAUAUGUGCUCUGGAGGUGAGCACUAUUCGUCUUCCAGUUGUAAAUGGAGCCCGGGCAGAUAUUCAAAAGCUAAAGAGGGCUAUUUGCUCAGCUGUUAAUAUGGUGCAGGCAAUAGCACCCUCAAUAUGCUUGUUGCAAUCCAAGGUUGAGCAGAUGAGUUCAUUGUUGAUUGAGCUCUCUAGUACAGUUUCCAGUGAGCACUCCUCACUUGACCAAUGCAGAGAUCUCUUAUCAACAGUCACAGACAUGCAGGUGAAACAUUGUAGUCUGAGGACACAUCUGAUACAACUAAAAGAUACACCAUCACAAGGAACUUCUUAACCAAACACCACCUCCAUGAGCAGUGAAUCACAGGUAUCAUUGUCAUUUUAGAAGUGGCUUCAAGGUGGUGGGAAUUUGUUGUGAAAUCCAUUCUGCUUGUUUAGCUUUGGCAGGGCAUAACUAUGGCUGACAUAUAUAGCAAUCUAAUAUGUCUCUCUCAUAUGAGUGACAUUCUCCAUUCUUCUAUAUCUACUAACGUGAUAAAUUCUUCCAAGAAAUGAAAAUUUGAGAAAGAAAAACAGGGCUUGAUUCACUGUAAUUUUUAUGUUAAACCAAUUUUGUUGAAA